AAUGUAACUCUGGAGGAGUAUGGUUUGGUUGCCAUGCCUUCUACAAAACUUUUACAGGCUCCAGUGACAAGUUUGGUGGUUUCCAGACUUACCAGACUGUGGUCACCUGUGAUUUUGGACGGAUUGGCGGUCAUCAAGUUUUGCUCUUCCGGAGGAAGUCUACUGGAGAAGCGUUGUAUUUGGAUGAAAUGUCUCCCGCCA